GUUUGCAGUUAGUUACUGUUUCUUUCAUUUUAUACCUGUCUUGAUACAAUCUUUUGGCUUCUCCGUUAGCUACCGACACAUAUCAUCAAUCAUUUUGCCAUCCCAAACGGUUUUUAGCUACAUUAACGUCUCAUCUGACACUCACGGUGACAAUGAUAACGAACACGACUGACAAAAAGGUACAUAAUACCAGAGGAGGCCAUCAAACUCAUGACUACUUUCACGUCACUUUCUGGCGAUUUUGUAUUCCGCAGGAGCGAGUGCUAUCCGAAGAUUUCCUCAUUCUACUACGCGAUCCGAUCGUUUGCUCGCAGUCUGUCAACGCCAGUGUUAGGUGCGGCUUUUUCGAGGAUCAGUACGUCCCUGAAAUAUUUAUUACACAUUAUUAUAUUACGAAUUCUAACCUGCUGCGCAGUGGUUAGGUAUCGUUGCCUAUGGUAUGAACGCUGUGACGAUGCUAUUGGACGACUUCGAGAUAAGCAUAGAGUAUUUUUCGUUCCUCGACACUGCACUAUUGAGGAUCGGAAUUUGAGAUAAGAUCAUUUCGGUGAAUCAUACUUUCUUCUUCGUCUUAAUGGUUCGGUCAGAUUCCUGCGAAAAGAAAUAAUCACCUGUCUGGAAUUCGUUUGUCGAAUGCCGCGCAGCCCCUUUUUCGGAGGGAUAAGUCAGGGUAAAAAAUGAUGGCGUCGAUCGUUGCUGGCCAUUCCCUGAGACCCGAGCAGCUAGCAGGUAAAAUAUCACCUGUUUAAAGUGUUCACGGUGGGCAGGUAUGCGGGUGGGUGUUUGUUCAGGUAUCCUUAGACCUGGGACCGGCGGCAGCCCCCCUCCGAAAGAAAUGGAGCCGAGGACCACUAGAAGUAGCCUUCGCAUGCCUCGUCGAAGGAGAGAAUCAUGCGUACCAGGGUUUUCGUCGUGGAUAUAAGCAACCCGGGGUACGGGGACGACCGACUCUCUCUUUGACCCUCACCAAGAGCUCGUCUACCUAGUGCUUACACAUAAUUUCAUUCUUCGACAUCCUUUCGUUUUGGAACAACGCGCGCUGCACCAUCGGUAUCUAUCGGAGCGUUGUGUUACGUUGAUUACCAAAAUUUUAGAAUCAUCUUACUCUUAGUUUGUACAUGUUUAAACUCAUUUUACAUUUAGCUAAGACGUGGAAAAAUAUUUCAUAUCUAUGAUCCUCAUCCCGGAUGAUUUGAUUUAUGCAUUUUACCUGUUUCCAAUUGUGUGUUCAACGUUUGUGAUUAAAUUCGGUGUUUCGCAGUUAAUGUGUGAUGCUACAACAUAAGGAGAGUUAAAAUGGAUAUCAAGCUUAAUUCCACCUGGGUGGCUCUGGUACUUGCCGUUCUCGUUCUCGUCAUCGCGACGAGUUCCGCUGGUCACAGGAGUCGCGGAUCGGGCAGAAUCGCUUACAGAGGUCACAAUCGACGGGAAGUUCGCGACUACCUCGCCCCGCCGUCACAAAACGCUUUCGACACGAGCUACGGAAUUCCGUCGCGCCGGCCGUCUCCGCUGAUACCCUAUCGACCUGGCAGAUACUUGGACCCUCCUCCAACUCCGUCGACCGAAGCACCGGGCUACUUUUCCAGGUUCAUGAGCUGGAUUAAUCCAUGGGGAGGAACUACAACAGUCGCGCCAUCCGGCUACCUACCUCCAGAGGGCAAGGCGAAAGAAAACAAAUGCAGUCCGUGCAACAAGAUACCCUGGAACCCGAUGGCAAAUAACGGUCAGCACGAUGCAUACGGGUCAGGCACGACGAACGUAGAGAUCCAACCUAGCGAUGGUCAGGAGGGGAACAACAACGGUGGUUCAUUCACAUUGAGCUACUCGGAAGGCAUCCGUAUCCCUGACUUCAGCUAUGGACGUCCCACCAGCCCGCAAACCGAAGGUUUGCAACCGCCACCGGCGGACUUGAGCACAUCACCACCGAUUCCGUUUCCUUAUUUAUAUCCAGGCCCAAUGCCGCCCCUCUUCAAGGCCAAGCCGUUCCACUCUUCGCCGGAUUUCUUCAAGCCUACGCCUUCCAUCCAACUGACAUCAGGUCUGCCAGAAUUUACUCCCGAGUCAAUACCGAACUUUUCCGGCCCCGAGCAACAGCAUCUUGACGAUGGACACGUGGACGUUCUGCCCCCAGGCGCAGAGGUCGAUAUUUCAGGUCAUGGUACCGAAAUUCGUGACACGCCACCCCCUGGAUACGGGGGAUCGUCUUUCGAAAGUGAAGGGUAUCACGAAAUCGGGUACGGAAGCACCACACUGAACGUUGACCAGUCAAAGACAGUUACGGCCGGCUACAAUGUUCAGCCCCCAGUGACCGUUGAGGUAAUUCAUAGCGUUCCUGCAGCUGAAUUUUCGGCGUCAGUAGAUCACCCUGUACACUAUGAGGAGUCACCGAUUAUUGAUCUGAGCAAAGAUGAUCAGAGGGAACCCCAGGGUGCGGUGCAGCAAAAUGGCGACAGUGAUUAUACGCCCGGAUUAAAUCCACCGCCGAAUGAAGCCGUCUAUUCCUACAAUAGCAAUAGCGGAGAUUCACUCACAACGGUCGCAGCGAAGGAUGAAAGUCGUAAAAACUCCUACGGUAUUCCCGUGAACAAUAAUCUACUCGCGGACUCACUGGCUGCUUCAUCUUCUACAAACGGAACCAGUUUUUCACCCACGCCGUCUUACAACAUUCUAGGUGUCGACGAACUCCCCGUCAGUCAUGAAACCGCCAAAUCAAACGCUUACGAGAGCUUUCCACCCUCGACGGAGAAACUUUUAAUAUCUGUCCAAAAUUCAGAGCAGAAUUUUCAAGAACCGAGCAAACAGCCACUGAAUGGCUCUACUCUACAACAGCAGACUCCGCAGAAUCAUGGGAAGAUCGUCGACAGUUAUCAACAGAACAUAAAACAACCGUCCAGCGGUCAGUCAGCCGUCAUCCAAAAUCCAGAACCUCUUGUCUCGUAUCGCCCCGAUUCGCUCUACGUACCUUAUCCCCCGUAUUCUGGAACUAACACCCAACAGGAGAUGGCUGUGAAGGACUAUCAGGAAAGAUUGAGGACAGAGAGCCAGCAGAAUCAGGGAUCAUGGAAUUCGCCUUCACUCAGAGGCACGACUUGGGUCUCGCAACCGCAGCCGAGUUUCGCAGUGCCGGGGAGCAUAAAUCCCAGCGUUUUCCCCGGUGGGAAUACGAUCAACUCCCAGAACCAGCGGCAACAGUCGGGAGUCAAAAAAAACAAGCAGGUACAGAUCAUAAUUCCUUACACCUCACAGUACACGCCGAGCCCAUUUCAGCCUGUCCCGGAUGAUUGGAGUGGCCGCGGUUCCCUUGAACAAACUCAAGGAAGGAAAGUUCCUGUGAUUGAUGAAGCAGAUCACAACUAUGUUGGGCAAGAGUCUCAGAAUGUUGAGAUUAAGAGGCCAUUGAGGCCCUUGGAAAACCUGUUAUCUAAAGAAAUUUCCAAGAAACCAUUUGUCAAGCAGGAGAACAAUUCCAUCGACGUCACGAGGCUUCAGAAGAACAUCGACAAUUGGACUAUUCAGGAAUACUCGCGUGGAAUGACUUCGAGCACCGCUCUACCCAGUUCUUCGCAUCCCUACCUUCUGCCGUCUAAAAAAAUACCAAAUGAAUAUUUGACCAGCACUCAGUCCUCGGCUCCCCAGGAAAGGAUUGACACGAAUCAGUCCGACUUACCCGGCCUUAACUACAAUGAUCUCGAACACGAAGGUGCUGCAAGUGGCCGUGUCGAUGUUCCUCAUAUUCAGGUAUUUCGUGUCGAGAGCGUGUCUAAGUCAACUGAGACCGAUAAAAGCCCGAUAACCACGUCCACAACAACAGAGAGUACGACCUCCGCAUCUUCACCUUCAUCUUUCACAUCGACGUCACCAACGACGACGACGACUCAACAGUCAUGGGCUGAGCUUCCGGUGUCUAUUUCACCGCACAACAACGAACGAGUUUACGUUGUCACGCCACAGCCGGUGAGAACGUCCAAAUCAGAAAAAUAUGAGGCAAUCGAGAGAGCCUACCAGGUGCUACCCCAGGCGGUUAAUAAUCUGGCAUCCGCGUCUGUGAGCGCUCCCGAAGAUUCCCCCCUUUGGGGAAUUAUGGAACACGAAAAAUACGCGAGAAACGACGAAAGAAACCCGAACGCUACCGUUCCGAUUCUCUAUUCCGGACAUUCUAAGGUUUCCAACGCAAAACAUUGACCGUCUUGAAAGAUGAUCCACGACUGCUCAAACUGUCGAAGUAAUUUACGAUUGAAACAAUUUUCGAGUGAACGUGAAGCUUAUAUAGUAUUUAUACGUAGAUAAAAUAUCAUAUUGUGAUUUCUGUGCGAAUGAUUUGUGCAUGGUGUAGAUGGACAACUUGGGUUGCCUACAAUAAGACUGUGUUUUGACAUUAAUGUAAUUGAUAACGUAGUUUUUAGUUAGAUUAUAUUAAUCCUAUGC